AUGUGUGAGGGAGAAAAGUAUGAAAGAAGUGCGAAUAAAGGGCCAAUAAUUGGGGGCCCCCUCUCUCUAAUUGAUACAGAAGGUCAGAUUGUAACCGAAAAGAAUCUUAUCGGGAAUUGGGUUCUUUUAUACUUUGGUUACACUUCGUCUCCUGAUGUGGGCCCCGCAGAAGUUCGAAAGAUGGCCAAUACCAUUGAUAUAUUAGAGUCGAGACAGAAUAUCAAGGUCUUGCCCGUAUUUGUCACGAUUGAUCCUCAGCGGGACACUCCCUCACAUCUUCGUACUUAUAUUAGAGAGUUUGACUCGAGAAUAGUGGGAUUGACCGGACCAGUUGCUGCUAUAAGACAAAUCGCACAAGAAUACAGAGUGUUCUUUAAAAAAAUUGAUGAACAAGGAGAUGAUUAUCUUGUCGACACUUCUCAUAACAUGUACUUGAUAAAUCCAAAUAUGGAGGUGGAAAGAUCGUUUGGUGUUGAGUAUAGCACGGAUGAGCUGGCGGAGGCGAUAACCAAAGAGAUAAAGAAAAGCAAAAUAACAAAUUCGCAAAAUUGAUGUGUCGAACACGCAGGUUGUGAAAAUUUCUCCCCUUUGUCACAAUUGACAAUUUUUAGACGAAUUUUCUGAAGUAUUGCAUUUUCAUUAUUUUGUUGUACUAUUGGAGUGAUUAUUACAAAGAGGUUAAUGUUCUGUCUUUGGAGGUA